AUGCCGCCGCCCGCCAUGGCGAUGCCGCAGGCACCCUCCGUAGGGGAUCCGCUCUACGACGAGCUCUGGCACGCCUGCGCCGGCCCGCUCAUCACCGCCCCGCGCGUCGGGGACCUCGUCUUCUACUUCCCGCAGGGGCACAUCAAGCAGGUGGAGGCCUCCAUGAACCAGGUCGCCGGCAACCAGAUGCGCCUCUACGAUCUGCUGCCCAAGGUGCUCUGCCGGGUCAUCAACAUCGAGCUCAAGGCGGAGGCGGACAUCGACAAGGUAUACGCGCAGGUCAUACUCAUGCUGGAGCUGGAGGUAAGCUCUAGCGUGAAUUUCACCGGGUUCAUUGAUGUGUUUCUCGAAUGUUUUUAUGCAGAUUUAAAUAUUCAGUCGCCCCCAUCCAUUUAUCCACCAAAGAGAUACUGUGACGUUACAGGUUUUGAGGGGCUUGGGCCAUGCUCCACGAGCAUCAAGACGGCCGAGAAGGAGAUCAAGGAGUUGGCCAAGAGGAUCAAUGACCUUUGUGCUAGAUGGUCAUUAAGUUGGUACAAAGAAAUCUUCAAGUCUUGAGGCAAAUCAUGCAAGGGUCAAUAUCCUUUGAUCCAUCUCAAAUGGGGAAGUUCAAAAGGACCGCGCGCUGGAGCUCCUAAACGUGCGCCCCUUCUACUUCGUUUACUUAUGUGGCGUGAAGACAUAAAGCAAACCUUUGGAGCCAUAGUUGUCUUUUUUGUCAUCUAAAAUAAUAAUGGUAACAUAUUAAUACAAACAAAAUAAUAUUCUAGCUCAAAAAAUUGUAUGUGAAUAAUGAAUGGAUGCUAUGGAACUAUAUUUGUUAUGGAGCUAUGUAUGUAUGGAUGCUAUGGAACUAUAUGUAUA